AUGACGCCCCGAGUCAUCAAUGCUGCUCCAUCCCUGGAGAAAGCUGAGAUUCAUGGCAUAGACGACCAGAGGCCUAUGUCCUCCAAGAUCAUGGGCAUGCUGGGCCGCAUCUUCAUCGAGACCAUCCCGCAAUGGCUUACCGUCGGGGCCAUGCUGCUCCUGAUCUUCGGGGGAUGCUGCUCCAAUGUCUUUGCCCUCGAAGCUAUCAUCCAGGUCGAGCCCGCCAGCGGUACUCUUCUGACCUUUGUCCAGUUCCUCUUCGUUGCCGUCACGGGCUACGUCUCCCAGUUCGACAACACUCGGCCGCCCCUCUUCAUCCGGCCGAACAAGGUUCCCUUGAAGCGCUGGCUGAUCAACAUUGUGUUGUUUUUCAGCAUCAACACGCUGAACAACCAUGCCUUCAGCUACGACAUCUCCGUACCGGUGCAUAUCAUCCUCAGGUCUGGAGGCAGUAUCACGACUAUGAUUGCUGGGAGCAUCUGGGGCAAGAGAUAUUCUCGCAUACAGCUCACGGCUGUGGUGUUGCUGACCAUUGGCGUCAUCAUCGCCGCCUGGUCUGAUGCGCAGACUAAGGGCACAGCGGAAGCAAAGGCCGGAAGUGCCGCGAGCUUCAAUAUCGGCCUCGCCAUCCUUCUUUUCGCCCAGAUCCUCUCCGCGAUCAUGGGUCUAUAUACCGAGGAGACGUACCGAAAAUACGGGCCUCAUUGGAAGGAAAACCUUUUCUACUCGCAUCUUUUAUCUCUGCCGCUUUUCAUUCCAUUCAUGCCAUCCAUGUGGAGACAAUGGAACAAGCUGGCGAGCAGCCCGCCUCUGCCUCUCCCGAUUGCCGACUUGUUCGGCCUCGAAAAACUCCCGGCCGAUAUCCAACAAGGCAUUGACAAGAUUCACAUUCCGAGCCAGAUCUUCUAUCUGGUCAUGAAUGUUUUGACGCAGUAUGCGUGCAUUCGGGGCGUCAAUUUACUUGCGGCAGCGUCGUCGGCCCUGACUGUCACGAUUGUCUUGAACAUUCGCAAACUUGUGAGCCUCCUGCUCAGCAUCUGGCUGUUUGGGAACCAACUGGCCACGGGCACCCUCCUCGGUGCUUGUAUAGUGUUCUUCGCAGGGGGCCUGUAUUCUCUCGAUCCUGGCAAGAAGACCAAGCCACAGCCUGUCAGGCUCACAAAGGUUGGUUGA